AAAAAUCUGCGUUCGGCUGUGUCCGAUUUGUUUACGCAAGAAUUUUUGCUUUUUAUACAAUUAAAGUGGAUAAUUUCCAAGGAAAUGUGUUAGAAUUACUUUAAGAAAACAUUAGAAAUGUCGGGCAAGUUAGGAUUUGAGGAGCUUCGAGCAAAAUACAAGGAUGUGUUGUCCAAAGCAUUCGCUACAAACAACAUAGAUUUGUUGGACUCAUUUUCAAAGACCACCAAUGAGGUCGAUAGAAAGGCGGCGAUGGACCAGGCAUUUCGGGACAAACUUCUCGAUCUCCUGGUCGAAGACCCAGACACCUUGGAGAACUACGUCUGUUUCUGCAUAGAGUCAUGUAGACGGCAUAUGGUGACUCCCACAAUGCCCGUAGUCUUACUAGGGGACAUUUUCGACGCGCUGACACUGAAUAAAUGUGAGAAAAUGUUUACUUAUGUUGAAAACGGCGUAAACAUAUGGAAAGAGGAACUAUUCUUCGGAGCUUGUAAGAACAAUCUGCUCAGGAUGUGCAACGAUUUACUGCGACGCCUAUCCAGAUCACAGAACACCGUGUUCUGUGGACGGAUACUGCUGUUUCUUGCUAAAUUCUUCCCCUUCUCUGAACGUUCUGGGCUCAAUAUUGUAUCAGAAUUCAAUUUAGAAAAUGUAACAGAAUUUGGAGGUGAUAUAUCAAGUACAUUAAGAGAUUCUCUUGAUGAAGAGAUGGUGGUAGACAGUGAUAAAGGGAAGCUGUCAAUAGAUUACAACCUGUACUGCAAAUUUUGGAGCCUGCAGGACUUUUUUAGGAGUCCAAAUACUUGUUAUAACAAGUUACAGUGGAAGACUUUCGUUGCACAUUCAGGCAGUGUACUGUCAGCAUUCUCCUCGUACAAGCUGGAGGCUGUCGAACUACAGAAGUCUAAGCUGAACAGACUGAAGACCGUAUCCGCUGAACUGACAGAGUCCAAAGAACAGCAUUACUUUGCUAAAUUUCUCACCAACCAGAAGCUUCUAGAACUCCAACUGUCAGACUCAAACUUCCGUAGAUGUGUGCUCAUACAGUUCUUGAUACUGUUCCAGUAUUUGACGUCCACUGUGAAAUUUAAAAUGGAAUCUCAAGAACUAAAAUCCGACCAAAUGGAGUGGGUAAAAGACACUACCUCCAUGAUAUACAAACUGCUUGGAGAGACACCUCCUGAUGGCAAGCGUUUUGCCGAGUGUGUCAAGCAUAUCCUGAAGCGGGAGGAGCAUUGGAACAGCUGGAAGAAUGAUGGUUGUCCAGAGUUCCAGAAACCGAAGCCGCCGCCUCAAACAGAGCCAUCGGAAGACGUAAGAAAGGCCAAGAAACGUCGCCGGCCUGUCGGCGACAUCGUCAAGGAGUACGAGGCUCAAGAGAAGGUGUUUAUGGGGAACAAUGAACUGACGAAGCUGUGGAACCUCUGUCCUGACAACCUGGCGGCGUGCAGGACCAAGGAGAGGGACUUCAUGCCCUCAUUAGAGUCGUACAUGGCGGGCGCGCAGCAGCGCUCGGGCGGCUGGGGCUGGCGCGCGCUGCGGCUGCUGGCGCGGCGCUCGCCGCACUUCUUCGUGCACACCAACAACCCCAUCGGCCGCCUGCCCGACUACCUGGACGACAUGGUGAAGCGUGUAACUCGUGAAGUGGCUGUGAAGGCGGAAGCGAAUAACACGAAUGGAGAUUCUGCCAACUCAAACGACAAAUCCAUCAAACAGGAACCCGCCGAGGAAGAAAUUACUGAGGACCAGAUGGAAGCUGACCUUAUAAAGGAAGGCGACACCAACGACAUUGAACAGGUUCCAGACUCAACGCACGUCGGCGACGACGACUAUGACAAGGCCGCUCGAUCGCGCGUCACAAUGCUAUCUCCCGCGCAAUUAGACGCGGUUGCCGCCAAAUUGUCAGAUUGGAAGAAACUCGCCACAAAACUCGGAUACAAGCCCGACGAGAUACAACACUUUGAAACUGAAAACGCAACAGACCAUCUAAGAGCCAAGAACAUGCUGCAACUGUGGUGUGACGACGACGAAGAUGCAUCCGUUGAGAAUCUACUGUACAUUCUAGAAGGACUGCAGAUGAUGGAAGCUUGUGAAGCCUUGAAACCCAUGUGACGAAGGAUUUACCUUUAAGAUUAUGUUAACGUUAAGUCUGCGACUAUGAUAAUAAAACUGUACUAUGGUAAGAUA